AUGUCUAAUCGACCUACUCGUCGCCAAUUGAACGAAAUCGAUGCAUCGAAUGUUGAAUUUUGCGAAGUAUUAACAUCAUCGUAUACGCUCGAAGAAUUCUUUCCAAACGAUCCAUAUUUGGUGUCUAUAUUCAAGAAUUAUAGAAGUCGAAAGCUUAAUGAAUUGACUUUGUUUUGGUGUUUCGUCGUUAGCUUUAUGCAUUGGUCUUCAGAAACGAAAUUAUAUGAUAAAGAAACGGCCAACUAUACUACGGUGAAGCUUUAUGGAAUUCUUCGAGGGGAUUCAGUGUCACAUAAAUCUGGUUACAUCAAAUCGAUUCGAAAAGCAUUUGCUUUUAUUGAAAAUUAUUUUUCAUCGAAUUUUACUGAUUCGAAUAAUAAAUUCGUUUCAACUUGUCUUGAAAAUAUUACACCAGCAAAACUACUUGUUGAACUCGAAUCGUCAUCAGUAAGUACAGCUUUGGCAAUAUAUUNGUAUCGUCAGCCGAACGUCACGAUACGCUCAUUCUGA